UCAAAAAUUCCUUUUCGUGUUGGAGGCGUGAGUGUUGAUAUGCUGCCGUUCGACGAGGAAAAAUUUGUCUAUUGAAGCAAAUCCUCUGGUUUCAGCUUCCGAUUCACAUUGUCCGAUAGCAACCGAUACUUCCGGCGCUGGCAAACCUGAAUGCCUGAAUAGUUCCAACGUUGCUAGCUCUCCCACAACACUGCCAGUGCUACAACACAACAUCGGACUGGGCCACAAAAUCAACGUGUACGUGUCGCGGUUUAUCGUCUUUCGUAACCUCGUCGCUAAGGUUAGCGAGCUUUGCACAGAGUUCAUCCGGUUGUCAGCGAACGCGUUUCGGUGCUCUACUACUUUCGGCAAAUCCGCUUAGCAAAGUGGGGCAUUUUUGCUAUUUCACAUAUUGAGCAACAGCGCGUGUGUGUGUGUGUGUGCGUGCGUGUGUUGAAAGAUAAAGUUAAGAAGAUCUAGCUUCUCCAUCUACGUUACCAUCGUACGAGAUACGGGAUACGGUAAGAGCUUGAACAUGGCCAACAAUCGGCAGAAAGCUGUUCAAGAUAAAGCCGCCGUCUCCGAGGCCGAGACGACGGAAACGCUGUGUGUGGUGUGCUUCAAGCCGAUCGUGUACUUUGCUAUUGGCGAGUGCGAUCAUCUGUGCUGCUACGAAUGCUCUACUCGCAUAAGAGUGUUGUGCCAGCAGAAUGACUGCCCUAUCUGCCGCCGAGAUCUGGCCAAGGUUAUCUUUUCCAAAACGCUUACACCGUACCAGCAGCUGGAUGUGAAAAAUCGUUCGGGACUGUAUGACAAAAAAUACCGCAUCUGCUUCACCGACGCAGAAGUGCAGCAAGCCUACUUCGAUCUGCUGGACUACAAAUGCCCCCGGUGCGAUCAUAAAAACUUUCCUAAAUUUGAAAUGCUGCGCGAACACGUACGAAAGCAGCACGAGCUGUUCUACUGCGACAUCUGCACGGAACAUUUGAAAGUAUUUUCCUCGGAACGGCGCUGCUACAAUCGGCAAGAGUUGGCGUUGCAUCGUCGAAAAGGCGAUCCGGACAAGGUCGGCCAUCGGGGGCAUCCGCUGUGUGAAUACUGUGAUACGCGAUUUUUGGACAAGGAUGAACUGUUCCGCCAUCUGCGAAAAGAUCACUUCUUCUGCCAUUACUGUGACGCGGAUGGCAGAAAUUAUUUCUACGGAGAUUACGUAUCGCUGCGCGAUCACUUCCGGACUGAUCAUUUCCUCUGCGAGGAGGGUGAAUGUGAGCAGGAGCAAUUCACAUCCGUAUUUCGAACCGAGAUCGAUCUGCGGGCCCAUCGCGCCUCUGUGCACGGUAAAUCAAUGAAUCGGUUAGCGAACAAGCAGACCAGAACGUUAGAGCUUGAGUUUACGUACGCGCCACGGCAUGGAUCGGCUGCUGUCGGAAACCCCGGUGCUUCACAUUCUGCAGCUUCAUCCGGUGGUGGUGGUGGUGGAGGGCCUUCAUCGAGCCGUUCUCGAGUAGGAAGAGGCGGAGGAAGUGGUGGAGGGCGCAGUGGCGCUUUGGGAUCGUCGUCUGCAGACGCGUUACAAUACGAACUGGACAAUCUGGAGCUGACAGGCGAUCAAUCUGCCAGGCAACAUCCUAAGAAGGUGAUCGAUGCUACGAACGAACAAGACUUUCCCACGCUCGGUGGCUCUGCACCUAAUCCAGUAUUUCGGCCAAAUAACGUCACGAUACGGCAACGUAUUUAUGGCGCAGCGGGACUUGCGCGGACGAAAGAAAACUUCCCCGCCCUCGGAUCGGGCGGUGGAGAGACAACCGGUCCGACCAGCCUGAAUGAAGGGUUUAGCAGUAAAAUUACGGCCAGCUCGCUGCUAAAGCCAGCCCAGUCUGCUGCCUCAUCGGGCACGAGCAUGAUGAUACACGUGUCAAACAGACCAUCGGGAUCGAGCGGCUCGAAAUCGAACGGAAUUGGAAAGAAGUCGAACGCUGCUGACUUUCCUGCCUUGCCUGGUUCCGCCGGUAAGGGAUCAUUCGGCGUCAACAAAAAGACUGGCGGCGAUGUGUACGCGGACAUGGACGAUCGCGGUGGAACUGCGACGAUGGUCAAUCUCAACGCAAUAUCAGCGAAGCAUCGUGCCUUGGUGGACGAUUAUGUGUCCGUAUCGGGUGCGGUCUCGAAGGUUACAACCAUCUCCGCGAAGGAUGCUAAGAAACCGUCGGCGGCACCGGUCCAAGCUUCCGUACCGAGCGUGAAAUCCACCAAAGCCUUUCCAUCGCUCGGGGAAAGCAGCACCAAACCGGCAGUGGUAAAACCGGUGCCGUGGGUUACGGGAGCAUCCAGCAGCAGUGCCAAUGCGUCGGCCACCUCUAGCAGCACCUCGAGCAAGAAGAAACCGACGCCAGCUCCCAAUCUGAAAGAUGAUACUGCUUUUGUGAAUCUGAAUGCAUUGACUGGCAAAAAAUCGAGUGAAAAGACGGCAAAGCAGAAGGAGCCAACCGUCGCUGCUAGUUCGGCCGAUACGCGUAAUAAUAAUUGCAACAAUAAUGGUGAUUUCGUCCAGAAGGGCGCGGGAGCAACGAAAGACCGUAGCAAAGAGCAGCAACAACAGCAGCAGAAGCAGCAGGCUAAAUUCAAUGGACAAAGCUCAUCGGAAUAUCAUGCAGCAGCAGCAGCAACUCAUCAGCAUCAUUCAAACAACAACAACGUCGCCUCCUCUACGUCCAACAAUGCGUUCCCUGUGCUGGGCAGCUCGAACAGCGUUCAGUUCGCGUUAGCCGCGGGGCCAAAGCGUACACCACCACCUGGAUUUGAAAAUGUGCACGUAAAGCGCGUUCCCGCACCUCCGCCGGGUUUUGGCAAUGUGAAGCUCAAUUCGGUCGCACGGAAUAUGAACAACAUGACGUUUACGAAUUCGACGGGCGAAUCGUACAACAUUCUGCCUACGCACAGCUACGUUUCUCCGUCGAACGCCAGCAAAAGGAAUCAGGUACUCGUGACACACUUCCAAAGAGCGCUGAAGAACCAAGACGCGCUAAUGGAGUUUCGAACCAUAUCGCAGAUGUUUCGUGAUGGGCAGUACGAAGCGUCGGCCUACUACGACCACUGCAAAAUAGCGCUCGGUGAUCGUUUCCAGGAAAUAUUUCCCGAACUGAUCGCACUGCUGCCAACGAUUGCUAAGCAACAGGAACUUUAUUUGGUGUUUUGCCAGGAUGAGAAAAAUCGACCUAAAACGGGGUCGGCUGUUGCGAAGGGAAAAGCGUCCAACAGUGUGUCGACGAAGCUGGAAGUGUGCCAGGUGUGUAAGCAAGUGCUGGUUCAGGACGAUUUGACUGAACACUAUCAAACCCAUUACAUGGAAAACAAUUUUCCGAAGCUCGGCAAGGCAGACGAAGGAAAAGUUGGUGCCUCGGCAUGGAAGAAAUAGUUGGCAUGCGUGUGUAGAAAAGAAGCGUCUGUACAUCGUUGAAUCCACUAUUUCAUUUGCUUCCGGCACACACACGACUGCUUGGUAUAGUAAAACUAAAUGCAAGACAGUGGAAAACCAAUCAUUGUGUGUGUGUGUGUGCCUGUGGACGAGCUGAAAUUAAUCUCCUGCCACGGACUGCUUCCUUUCCACCGACAGUUUGUUGAUUUAAAACGCUAAGCGUUGUACUAAAAUCACCACUCUCUAUUUGUUAAAGUUGUACUCAUUUGAUGUCUCCUUCCCACACACACACACACACUCAAGAAAACACCGGCCCAGUUUAUUGUGGAUAUUGUACAAAGCUACAUUUGAAUAGCACAUUGUACAUACAAUCAAGCGACAAGCGCGUUUCCCCUUUUUUCAUUUCGAUUAUGUCCACGCAAACAAUUAUAUGGAAGUUGUAUAAAUGUAGGUUAAACGAACGAGCUGUACAUAAACUAAUAAACGAACGAGAAAGAGAAAAUGCUUACU